AUGUCCAUGCUGCCCGAAUCUGACGACAAGGCGGACGGCCAGCUCAAGAAGACUCUUCUGGUCGAUUCCAUUGCACCCACAUUGACUCUGUUCUUCCGCAAACGCAAGAGAUCAGAGUCAACCUCGGAUCUGGAAAGAGCCAAUUCGUCAGACCUGAGUGACGAAUCCGAUCUGGAUGGCCCAGCGGCCCAGAAACGCAGAAAAGUCCAGAAAUCAAAGGAGCAGGAGGAAUUCGAAAAAAGAGACAAGCAAUACGAGGCAGAGCUCCCGGAAGAGUACCGCAGAUUCCGCCCCGUGGGCCACAGGUUCAAUCUCCCCCCCACAGACAGACCCGUCAGAAUCUACGCCGAUGGUGUUUUCGACUUGUUCCACUUGGGCCACAUGAGGCAAUUGGAGCAGGCUAAGAAAAGUUUCGAAAACGUCGAGUUGGUGUGUGGAAUUCCCUCGGAUAAGGAGACCCACAAGAGAAAGGGUCUCACGGUACUUUCCGAUCAGCAAAGAAUCGAUACACUCAAACACUGUCGUUGGGUGGAUGAGGUCAUUCCCAAUGCCCCAUGGUGCGUUACAGCAGACUUCUUGUUGGAGCACAAGAUCGAUUACGUUGCUCACGAUGACUUGCCAUAUGCCUCUGCAGACUCUGACGAUAUCUACAAGCCCAUCAAGGAAAGAGGUAUGUUUUUGGUGACACAGAGAACCGAGGGUAUUUCGACAUCCGAUAUUAUCACCAAGGUGAUCAGAGACUACGACAAGUACUUGAUGAGAAACUUUGCUCGUGGUGCUACGCGAAAGGAACUCAAUGUCUCGUGGUUGAAGAAGAACGAGUUGGACUUCAAGAAGCACGUCAACGACUUUCGCACCUACUGGAUGAGAAACAAGACCAGCAUCAACAACGUGUCGAAGGAUCUCUAUUUCGAGGUCAGAGAGUACUUGCGUGGAAAGAAGUCAGACUUGUCUUUUGCCAACUUUGCCAACAACCACCUUCCUCACAGCAACAGCUCCCCCAGUCUCGUGAGCGACCUGGACGACGCCCUGCGUGCCCUGAGUCCUCUCACAGAAUUUGCCUCCAAGUACAUUGUGAACAAGAACGAGAAACCCGGCCGGUUUUUCAAGGGCUUCAACAUCAACAACUGGAUCCAGAAGGACGACUCUCACGAUGAGGAUGAGCGCCCCCGCAGAAAGAGAACCGCCGCCUCGGCUGCCAAAAAUGAAUUGACCACUUCGGUGUCGGCACCUGCGACGACGCUGCCCCGGAAGAUCAGGAAGCCAAGAUCGAGAAAACAGCAUUAG